CAUUUAAUUGUUUGUGCCGCUGCCUAACGCGUCAACAUUUUAUUUUGCUUUUCAUUAAACAACAAACUUAUUUUCAUUGCUAGCAACAUGUCGUGUGGCCGCAAGACAAAGCUCUGGGAGCCGCAGGAUGCGCCCGAUAUGCGCACCACCACGCAGCUAAUGCUGGAGGAGGGCUCGCGCCCACAACGCACCAAAUGCACCACCGAAUACAAGCUGGUCAACUUCCAGAGCUUCAAUAUGGACGAUCCACGCUAUGGCACUGUGCGGCUUGAGGACACCUUUGAGCCACCGCUACGCUCCAGCUACAUGCGCGAGUUCUCGCAGCCGUAUCCAAAUCGCUGCAAGCCGCUGCAGCCCAAGGUGGAUUCGCCCGACUUUAUGUUCAAUCGCAUGCCCAAGAAUGAGUUUGACAGCAAGACGGGGCUGGAUUAUAAAUUCCUUGAUGACCACAUGCUGCAUGUGCCGCAAUCACGCAAGACUGUCAACUUUUUCAGGCAGCUUAGAAAUCAAAGCUAUAUUGUUUAUUAAACAUAGCAGCGCAGCGUGAGCAAAAAUUCCAUUUAAAGCACACACACACACAUGCAUAUAUUAUAAAUUACGCUUAUUGAGUUCACUUUAAAUGUGUCAAUUGCAUUUCAAUGGAAAUCAAUUAAUUUUGCAUAAAUAAACUUGUUUGUCAGCUCCUGCAACGGCAUGUCUCAGACU